UCCUGAUCACCUGUCAAUAAGCAUGAAACUUCGUGAUCCGUUCCACCCCAUUUUACCAGAUUUGAGCUCCCUACAACUCUCAUACUUCCCUUCUUUUAUUUGAUCUACUCCUUUUUCUUUCUUUCUCCUCUUUUUUCCCCCUGUUUCACCAAUCAAAUGUAGCCAAAAACUUUCCAUUUUUUACAUCAAUUCUUUCCUUUUUAACUCCCACUAAUUCUGCUUCUUCUUGUUAUUUUUUUUUACAAGUUUGUUUUCUUCUCAAAUCUCAACUGAUUUUGUUUGUGAAAGAAGACAAAAAAUGGAGGAAAAGAAAGAUCAAGAAGAGUUCAAACAUGUGUGUAAACUCUGCAACAAAAGAUACCCAAGUGGUAAGUCCUUAGGAGGUCACAUGAGGUCUCAUGUUAUUGCUAAUGCAAACAAAAACAAACUCAUUCCCAUUCCCAUUACCAAAAAAGCUUACAACUUUCAAGAUAAUGAAGAUGAUGACAAUGAUAAUGAUAACGAUGACGAUGAUGAUGACGACGACGACGACGAUGAUGAUGAUGAUGAUGAUGGAGAGAAUCAUGGGAAUGAAGGAAAGAAUUCUGGGUAUGGAUUAAGAGAGAAUCCUAAGAAAACAUGGAGAUUGGUUAAUUCAAAACUUGUCAACAACACAGGAAAACAACAACCACCCCAUGAUUUUCAGCAACAGCAACAGCAGGAAAGGGUAUGCAAACAAUGUGGGAAAGGGUUUCAUUCCUUGAAAGCGUUAUGUGGGCAUAUGAGCAGUCAUUCUGAGAAAGAAAGACACUUUAAAGAAGAAGAUGAUAAUUCAUGGUCAAGUGAUAGUAAAGAUCAGUUGAUCUUAGCAAUGGAGAGUCAUUCUGACAACAACAACAACAGCAGCAACAACAACAACAACAACAGCAACAACAACAACAACAACAACAACAACAUCAACAACAUCAACAACAACCAUCUCAAGCGCCAAACAAGGUCUUCCUUGUUAAGGUACAAGUCUCUAACUACUGUUGAUUCUCAAUCUCCUCCUCCUCCUACUGGUGGAGGUGGUUUUAGUAGUUAUGGUUGCGGCGGCGGAGGCGGAUCAUCAUCUAAUCACUCUGAAAUUGAUCAGCAUGAGCAAGAAGAAGUUGCUAUUUGUUUAAUGAUGCUAUCUAGGGACUCUUCAGGUCAUAAUAAGAGUUGCUUCAACUUCACAGCUGAAUCAUCUGAUAAUAAUUCUGUCAUAUUAGAGGGAGGAUCCUCCUCUAAUCAUGUAGGGAUUGGUAGGAAGAGGAAAGAUUUCUGUUUAAACAAUAACACUAAUAAGAAGAAGAUUAAGCAAGUUGUUGUUGUUGCUCAACAACAGAUUGAUAAUGUUGUUAAUCAUCAAGAAAUUGACAAUUCUGAUUCUGGGUAUUUUGAGAAUGGUGCUAAAGAGCUAGAAUCUGAUGAUUCUGUUGAUGGGUUUGUAAGAAAUUAUGGAUUUAAGAAACCUAAGAGUGAGUUUGGAUCUAAAAUCAUAGCUGAAUCAUUUUAUGAUUACGAUAAUGAUUCCAGAAAGAGAAGAAAUAAGCAACAGGUGAGUAAUUUCAGAGAUUAUAGUCCUGAAUCAGAUGAAAAUUCGAGCAAGAAGAUGAAGAUGAUGAAGCAGGAUUAUUAUCGUUUUAGUAACAACAAUAAUAAUAAUAAGAAAGGUAGCAAAUAUGAGUGUUGUGUGUGCAACAAAACAUUCAAGACUCAUCAAGCUUUAGGAGGUCACAUUAUAAGUCAUAGGAAAAAUGGUGAGAAUAGCUUAGACACUAGCAUUAUUUCAGGUAAACAGCAGCAGCAGCAGCAGCAAAUUGAGAAUAAUUGCAAUCCCAAGAAAUUGGCAGCUUCAACUACCAAGAAUAUGGGUAAUACAAAAUCAAAAAAAGUGAAGGGUCACAAAUGUCCAUAUUGUCCUAAGGUGUUCAAGUCAGGCCAAGCAUUAGGGGGUCACAAGAGGUCCCAUAUGAUUGGAAGUAACGCCGGGGUACUAAAACUGCAGGCGGCCAAGUCAAGAAUUGAGCGAGUGCCGCUACCGGAACACGAGCCAAAGCAGCCUCCAUUGAUUGAUCUUAACCUUCCUGCACCAAUGGAGGAAGAAGGCAGUGGGAAUUCACAGUUUGUGGCAUGGUAGGUUGGAAGUUUUAAUGGCAUGAAUGAAAGUGAGAAAUGUGGAAAAAUAUUUGAUGAAAUGGGUCCCUCCCAACAAAAGAAAAGGAUAAUAUUCUGAUUUCUGAAGGUGGGUCAUAUGAGUUCCAUGAGAAUGCAGAUGAGUGUACAUAGUACAGACAGUUUGGUUGGAUUAAUUUUUUAGUAUAUGCUGGAAUUAUUACUAGUAUUUCUUGUUUAUGGACCAACUUUUUUUAAUUUCUCUCAUUCUGAAGUAACUGUUCUAUUGGCUGCUUUGCUUAUAGGAAGCAAAAGAAGAAGCAGAAUUUUGUUAGCUUUUCAACUUCAUGUCUUUCUCAUUUCCUUUACUUUAUUCUCAAGAUAUAUAGAAAAUCUGCUUCUUCUA